CUUUCAAAGUUGAAGGAAGCUUACAGUUUUUCUUUUCCAUUCUACGUUUCUUGCCGAUCUUAGCUUCAUCCGCGCUUUAGAAUUCGAUCAAAAUGUUUAGGAAUUACUUGUUACAGCUACUGCUUCUAGGUUUUGUAAUUUCUCUGGUUGUAUCGGAAGAUAAACUUCCUCCCGGUCAUAGCGAAGACGAAUAUGAUAAGGAACAUGAAGAGGCGUCAAAAGACGACCAUCAAGACGACAAAGAAGCCGAGCACCACGACGACAAAGACGAACAACAUGACGAUAAAGACGAACACCGUGACGAUAAAGACGAUCACCAUGACGAAGACGAACAUGAUGAAAAGAAAGGUGAUGAUCACGAAGAUGAUGACCAUCAUGAUGACAAGAAAGAUGUUGACGAUGAUGAGGGAGACCAUGAUAAGGAUGAUGACGAGGGGGACCAAAGCGAUGGUGGUGAUAACGAAGAACACGACCAGACCGAGCACGAUGCAUUUCUCGGCGACCACCACAAGGAUUUCAAAGGUCUGAGUGCCGAGGAGACCAAACAAAAGCUUGAACAGCUUGUGAAGAGUGAGGUUGACCUAGACAAGGACGGAUUCGUGACGGAAGACGAACUCAGACUCAGACUCCUCAACACCAGCAGAAAACACAGGAAGACCGAAGUCAACAGCACCGUCACAUUCCACGACGACAACAAGGACGGCAAGGUAUCAUGGGAAGAGUUCAAGAAGGCCCACUUCACCCACACCGAGGGCAAGGAAGAUGACAAAGCCACCAAGGAACAGAUGGCGGAGGACGAGGCCAAAUUCAAGUACGCUGACGUGAACGGAGAUGGUAUGUUGGACCUCCACGAGUACGUCACCUUCUACCACCCUGGGGAUGACGAGCGUAUGUCUGCAUGGGUUAUUCAAGAUACUCUGAAGAAACACGACACAGACAAAGACGGAAUGAUCUCCAAGUCUGAAUAUAUGGCCACCUUCUCGGACGCCAACAACGACGCCAAAAUUGAACUCGAAAAGGACUUCGACACCUCAUUCGACAAAAACAAGGAUGGCAAACUGGACCAGACAGAGAUCCGUCAUUGGCUCUUCCCAGAUGAUGACAUGGCGAAGGAAGAACCCGCCCACAUGAUCAAGGAAGCCGACGACAAUAAAGAUGGCAAGCUCUCCAUGGAGGAGAUUCUGAAGCACUCGUCGGUGUUCGUAGAUAACGGCGAGACCCCAGAGCACGACGAGUUGUAAUCUAGGCUACAGAGUUUUUUUUUUUCUUAGAAUAGGGAUCAAUAGCGCAUACUCGAUUUCAACAUUACCGCUGGAUAGGGCUCAUACUAACAUAGUCUUUCGAUCUAAAGCAAGUCACUUGCGCAAUGAGAAUCUCUAGUGUCUCCUUUAGUGUCGACCCCAGGCUUACGCUGAUUUAUUGGUUGUCCUUAUUGUAACUGUAUCUUGCAAGCUUCAUAGAAUAGGCGACUUGCUUCCCAGUGUGAUUUCUCAUACUGAUAACCCUAGAAUAUGAAUCGAUUAGUAGAAAAGGUAUAAUGGUUAAAUUAUUUUAGUGGUCUAGACCUUUAAACAAAACUUUUUUUCAGUCGUUGAUAAACAAUCAGUUUAAACAGAUAAAAUAAAGAUAGGAUAUUAUCUAAUAUAUAUUAUCUUAAGUUAAUAUUAUGAGGUGUCAAGCCUAUCUGGUAUAUUUUUCAACAUCAGACGUGAAUUGAAAUCCUUGUUGUACUGGUUUUAGUUAAUAAAAGAGCUUAAUAUAU